CAAAAUGUCAGACAAAAGCGAUUUAAAAGCAGAACUUGAGCGCAAAAAGCAGCGUUUGGCUCAGAUAAGAGAAGAAAAGAAACGGAAGGAGGAAGAAAGGAAGAAGAAAGAGGCUGAUCUACAGCAAAAGAAGGAGCCAGCUCAGGAAGAUUCUGACCUAGACCGCAAAAGAAGAGAGACAGAAGCUUUGUUACAGAGCAUUGGUAUAUCCCCAGAACCACCUCUAGUGAGCACACCCAGUGACGCAGGCAGCCAGGACUCGGGAGAUCUGGGACCCAUAGGAAGGACCUUGCAAUGGGACACAGACCCCUCAGUGCUGCAGCUCCAGUCUGACUCUGAACUUGGACGCAGACUGCACAAACUAGGGGUAUCAAAGAUUACCCAGGUUGAUUUCUUACCUCGGGAGGUGGUAUCAUACUCCAAGGAGACGCAGACACCCCUUGCCACACAUCAAUCUGAAGAGGAUGAAGAUGAUGAAGAGAUGGUGGAGCCAAAAGCACAGGAUGACUUGGAGACGGAAAAUGAAGAUCAGAAGCAGGAAGUUAAAGAAGCUCCUCCUAGAGAACUGACAGAAGAAGAAAAACAGCAAGUUCUCCAUUCAGAAGAAUUUCUGAUAUUUUUUGACCGGACAAUACGUGUAAUUGAGCGAGCUUUAGCUGAAGAUUCGGACAUCUUCUUUGACUACAGUGGCAGAGAUGUAGAAGAGAAAGAUGGAGAUGUUCAAGCAGGAGCCAACCUUUCCUUUAACCGUCAGUUUUAUGAUGAGCACUGGUCAAAGCAUCGUGUCGUCACCUGUAUGGAUUGGUCUCUUCAGUACCCAGAGCUGAUGGUUGCAUCAUAUAACAAUAAUGAAGAUGCUCCACAUGAGCCUGAUGGGGUAGCCUUGGUAUGGAACAUGAAGUUCAAGAAAACCACACCAGAAUAUGUUUUCCAUUGUCAGUCCUCUGUGAUGUCUGUCUGUUUUGCCCGCUUUCACCCAAACCUGGUCGUUGGUGGAACAUACUCUGGCCAAAUUGUGUUGUGGGAUAAUCGCAGUCACAGGCGCACUCCGGUUCAGAGAACUCCCUUGUCUGCUGCUGCUCACACGCAUCCCGUGUAUUGUGUGAAUGUAGUUGGAACACAGAAUGCGCAUAAUCUCAUUACCGUCUCUACGGAUGGCAAAAUGUGCUCCUGGAGCCUGGACAUGCUCUCAACUCCACAGGAGAGCAUGGAGCUGGUGUACAAUAAAUCCAAACCAGUGGCGGUUACAGGAAUGGCCUUCCCAACCGGAGAUGUCAAUAACUUUGUGGUUGGCAGUGAAGAGGGAACAGUCUACACAGCCUGUCGUCAUGGAAGUAAAGCUGGCAUUGGUGAAAUUUUUGAAGGCCACCAAGGACCCGUCACAGGAAUCAAUUGUCACAUGGCAGUGGGUCCAAUUGACUUUUCCCAUCUCUUUGUGACAUCAUCAUUUGACUGGACAGUCAAGUUGUGGACGACAAAG